CGGAGCACUUCCGGCGGCGGCGGCGGCGGCGGCUCGGGGCGCAGUUCCUGAAGCACUAUGCCUGUGAGACAGUGCUGGAGAGAGGCACGCACGGCUCAGACAGUAAAAUCUCAGUUACUCAGAAACCAGCUCCCAGGGCCCCUCUGCUCUCUGGUGUGUGUUUAAGGGGAGAGGCUGUCACCAUCACUGCAGAGAAGGUUCCAACGGUAUGGGGGAGUCCAGGGGCGGUGUGACACUGGUCACCUCCCUUGCAGAGAAGACCAGGAGCCGGCCGCGUUGUUAGGAGCCCAGAAGACGAGAGACAGCUGAGGCAAGAGGUUUCUGGAACUAGAGGGAGGAACAAAGGAGGAACUCUGGCUCCUGGUGGCCCAGCAUCAGCAGAACGGGGCGGGCAGAGUGGAGAGAGAAACUGAGGCAGGGGGGAGGGCGUGGGAGGAAAGGGGAAGGAGAGGCAGGAAGGCCGCCAGGACUGGCCCAGGUGCGCUUCCCCCGGCUGCCGGGACAAGCCACCCCGCACAUGGCCUCCAAGCCGGCUGCCGGGAGGAGCCCCGGGGAGAAGCGCAAGAGGGUGGUGCUGACCCUGAAGGAGAAGAUCGACAUCUGCACGCGCCUGGAGAAGGGGGAGAGCAGGAAGGCGCUAAUGCAGGAGUACAACGUGGGCAUGUCCACCCUCUAUGACAUCAGGGCCCACAAGGCCCAGCUGCUGCGCUUCUUUGCCAACUCCGACUCCAACAAGGCCCUGGAGCAGCGGCGCACCCUGCACACGCCCAAGCUCGAGCAUCUCGACCGGGUCCUGUACGAGUGGUUUCUGGUCAAGCGCGCCGAGGGUGUGCCCGUCUCCGGCCCCAUGCUCAUCGAGAAAGCCAAGGACUUCUACGAACAAAUGCAGCUGACCGAGCCCUGCGUGUUUUCUGGAGGGUGGCUUUGGCGUUUUAAGGCCAGACACGGCAUUAAAAAGCUGGACGCGUCCAGCGAGAAGCAGGUGGCUGACCACCAAGCGGCUGAGCAGUUCUGUGGGUUUUUCCGGAGCUUAACUGCAGAGCACGGCCUGUCCCCUGAGCAGGUUUACAACGCUGACGAGACCGGCCUUUUCUGGCGGUGCUUGUCAAACCCCACCCUGGAAGGUGGGGCUGCGCCUGGCGCCAAGCAGAGCAAGGACAGGCUGACCGUCCUCAUGUGUGCCAACGCCACGGGCUCGCAUAAGAUCAAGCCCCUGGUGAUCGGGAAGGGCAGCGGCCCCCGGGCUUUCCGAGGCAUCCAGCACCUGCCUGUGGCCUACAAGGCCCAGGGGAACGCGUGGGUGGACAGGGAGAUUUUCUCUGACUGGUUCCGUCACAUCUUUGUGCCGUCGGUGAAGGAGCACUUCAGGGCCCUGGGCUUGCCUGAGGACAGCAAAGCCAUCCUCCUGCUCGACAACUCCCGGGCCCACCCGCAGGAGUCCGAGUUGGUUUCUGAUAACAUUUUCACCAUCUUUCUGCCCGCCGGUGUGACCUCCUUAAUUCAACCCAUGGACCAGGGAAUUCGCAGGGACUUCAUGAGGCAUUUCAUCAACCCCCCAGUCACGCUGCAGGGCUUCCACCCCCGUUACAACGUGAACGACGCCAUCGUGAACGUGGCCUGUGCCUGGAAUGCCGUGCCCAGCGACGUUUUUGGCCGUGCCUGGGGGAAGCUGUGGCCCGCGGGGUCGUUGACUGAAGGCUCGUCUUCUGAGGAGGAGCCCGACCACCUCAGGACUAAGCCUCACGCCCAGACGUUUGCGCACGUCCUGGAGCCGGGCAGCAGGCUUCCCUGGGGCAUGGCCACCGAGCAGGGCGGGCCCGGAUGGGCAGCUGGAGAGGGGCGCCCCACUGCUGCAGGCCCAGCUCCUGCCGCGGGGAGUCCAGAGCAGGCCGAGAAAGAGAGCGAGGAGGCGGCCUGGGAGCAGGCAGCCGCAUCCUUCGACGCGCUCGUGCGCUUCGCGGAGAGGCAGCCCUGCUUCACGGCGCAGGAGGCUGGGCAGCUGCACGCGCUGCGCUCCGUGUUCGUGAGGCAGCGGCAGGUGAAGCGGUGGCGGCCGGCUCUCAGGGCCAUGAUCAAGCUCGAGGCCCCCCAGGACGUGCCCUGUUCAUCCACAGCGGGCGAGGACUGAUGGCUGGGCGCCCUCCACAGUGCAGUGUGCCAGGUGGCCCAUGUUGGUGGCAGCUUUCCUACGAGUGUGGGAGCUGCCGUGUGCGGUCUCCUUCCUUGGGACAGCCCAUCCCCAUUAACGUUGCAAUUAAUCCGGGUGUUACUGUGUUAUCUGGCAUCUCGUGAGCAGGAGGAGAUAUUCUGGAACGGCCCAUCCAAACCUAAAACAUACCAGAGCCUCCUGUGGCCGGGCAGAGUCUGUCCUCGUGUUUGCUGGCUGAGCCUUGCUGUGUCCGAGGGUAGAGAUGUCUGUCUGUCUGUCUGUCCCAGAGGAGAAAAGCCAGCCCUCAAGCCAGGGGAUGCGACGGCAGUACCUGCCACCACUUAACAGGGCUGGCGUGUCCCAGUCCCACCUCUUCUGCCCUCGGGGCUCCGUCCGCCAGUCUGGCGGCCUUGCCUGUGUUAGGUGGUCCUGGAGGGUGAGGGCUGGGACUCAGUUUAUGACCUCAAGUCAGCGUAGCCCCCUGCUCGUGGCUUUACAGGCAACCUGUCAUCUGUUCACGUAUCCCCACGUCAGGCGUGACCUCACUUAGCAGCACGAGUCUCUCUGGGAGGUUUCUCCAUGUUGCCAGCAGGUCCCACCCUUCAGGCUCGGACCCCAGGAUGUGGUGGGCCGCACGCUGGCAUGACGUGGUAGAAUUGCCUCCCGUGAAGCCUGCAGGGGUGGCACUGCCAGGAUGUACAGAGUCUUGGCUCAGAGUCCGGUGUGCAGUCCACUCCUCACAUUCCCUGGAGUUUCACAUUUACUGCCUUGACACGAACAAAUCUUAAUCAGGCGUUCGUUUGGAAAUUAGUCUUAGGUUUGCACAUACACAGCGAAAACAGGAAAACAAGCCGUUACAUUUCUAGCAGUAUUUGAACUUGCGUUUGCAGCUGUUGACACCCUAGUGAGACUUGCAGGGAGAAGCUGGCUGUCCUGGUGGGGUUGUAAAGCCGGCUGUAGGAAGACGCGAUGCUUUCUCGCUCCACCUAGAGCUGUGACCACAGGAAGCCCUGUUGGUGUGGUCACCCUCCCUGAACGUACCGGAGGUGGGUGUAUUUUUCUUUGUUCUUUUCACCGCUUUGCCCUUGAAUUCCAACCCCUUGAGUUCACGUCACGGCAGCUGGAUGGGUAGUAGUUUUGUUCUCUGUUUGCUGUUAUUGUGCCGAGAGACCUUUGUUCCCGCGAGAGCCGAGGGGACUUGGGUUUGGUUUGCAGCCCGGGUUCUCUUGUGUUUCCACACCUUUCCAAACACUGGGGUGACAGUCAUGGCUGCCGUGGCACUGCAACAUGGGGCGCUGUGUUCCUGCUGUCAGUGUGCGUGUGCGGAUCGUGGAAGAGGCGCGGGUUGGUUUAUAAGUCUUGUUACCGAUCCUUCGGGCAGGUAGUGUCUGUGCUGUGCUGCCGUCACAUCCGUCUCCGUCAGUGGGUGACACCUCUCACCCUGUACUUUUGUGCCACUUCUGGACUCGUGCCUCCCUCUGCUGUUGAAUUGCAGCUGCUGGAGGUGUCACAGGAGGUGAGAUGUCGGAGUCACGGGGGAGGCCACCCUUGGUGGUGGCAGCGUGGAGAGAUGGGUGGACGUGCUGAGGAGCUCUCCCCCCACCGUCAGCCCCUCGGCUGGCCCAGCGGUUUUCGAGCAGCAGGACUUUGCUGGGUGGGUGGAGCUGGGGGAGGGGUUCCUGGCUGCCUCUCCCAGGUCCCUUGUGGACGGUUUGUCCCCAUCAGACUGUAGACCCCAGGCCAGACUUGCCAUGUCCUCACGACCUGCUCCUGUCCUGGCUGUAUUGUGGCCGAUCAAUAAACGCUUGUCCACGGCCGGCUGAGGGUGUCUGUCCUCAGGGUGCUCCUGUUCCAGAACCGGCUGCGGAGCCUGGCUCCGGCUCCUCGGGAGGAUUUUGGCGGAGCAGAACUCGGCCUUCCUGGCCUCCUCCUCCCCUCAUGAGCCAGCAUGGCCGCCUCAGGUGGGUAUGCCGCUGUUGAUCCCAGGCAGAGUGGGGGUUCUUGUGCAAACUCAGGUGCAGGGUGAGGUGCGAGUGCUCACGGAGGCUCGGGUGCCUGUGAGCACCUCGGCCUCCAUCCUGCCACCUGGGCUCCUCACGGAGACCUCUGUGUCUGUCCCCCCAGCGUCCGUCCCUGGGUGCUCUGCUCUUCACUUACGUCAGGUUUCUGAGAGGCUCAGGUGACCAGAAUGUUUUAGCUUCAGAAUCUUUUCCCAAAGAGUCUUAGGUGGAGCCCCGCUGGACUGGCCGGGAUAUCAGAGCUGGGUGUGACCACGUCCCCACCCUCCCUCUCUCCAGUGGCUGCUGAGGCCCCUCUCUGGAAGCCCCGGGGCACCCCAGAGUGGAGCGCAGGAACACUUCCCCGUCCCCCAUGAGCGCCCAGCCCGGAGCCCCUCCGUCUCCUCCCCGCCUCCGCUGGUGGGGUCACUGCUGCUGGGGUACCGGUAUCUCAGUGGCUUCUCCGUCCCGCUAGCAGAGUCUCUUCCCACCCCUGCCUGCGCUCACCUUGUGGAGUGAGGAGGGCCACAUGUCCCGGGCACUGGGGGCCUCUAGUGUGCUCCUGUGGCCAGUCACCAGGUGAGUGACCCUCAGUGGCCAUCAUCCGGGGGAGGGGGGACACACGUGCCACACGCCUGCCUUCCUCCCCAGCAGCAGCACUUGUACAGGACUCCAGAGUUGUCCCCUUUCAGGACACAACGGGCCCCUUCCUAGGUCUCUGCCCACCUUUACCCUCCCCCUUCUCAGUGGUCAGAAUGAGUCGGCAGACCCAGAGCUGAGAGGAAGCUGCCCACGCCACACGGUGUCCUCAGCAGUGCCAGGGCAGGAGCUCGGCCUGUCUUCAGCACAGCUUGAGUAGUCGAGGUGUCCCUGGUGCUGUAGCUGCUGCCUGUUCAGUGAAUGAGGGGCGUUGUUUCCUGGGCGCCGCCUGCAGCGCUGGGGUCCAGGGAAGGGAGGCCAGGGUCUGAUGAGACAGGCAGCCUCUGGCCGGGAGCUCCCCAUCCCUGAUCGUAGCCAAACAAUUCAAAUGCUACGUUAGAAGACAGUUAGAAAACAAUGUGAAAGAGAGCAGCAGGCGAGGAGUAGAGGAGCAAAAAGACCCGAGACAGGACGCACGAGGGCCUGUGGUGGCCACGCCCCGGGGGCCCUGUCUGACCUCUGUGACCCCUGCUGAGGUGGGGCAAACGUCCUGUUGUACAGAUGAGGGAUUGAGGCCCAGGGAGGCAGGGCGUCUGCAGAGUCCCUGAGCUGUUUUACUCCGCAGCCCAAGGUCCUGCUGCAGCCCCCACAAGUCCGCAGCGCCCUCUGCAGAAAUAGGGCCCAGUUUGAUUCUGUCGAGCGGACAC